AUGGAACCCCUGAUAGAACCGAAUUUAAAUGCAGAUGUUUAUAGAAAUAUGACAGCAGCAGAUAGACCGCUUGUUCCUGACAAACAUUUGCAGUUUAUUUUAAUUUAUGAUGAAAAAAGUGCUAUUCUCGGAGGUAGUAACAUGACAGAUCGUUAUUGGAGUGGUACUAUUUGGUAUUAUAAUGAUAUUUCAGAUUUUGAUAGAGAAAAGGCUUUUGUUGCUAAAAAAACAGAAAGUGGUGUUUGUGCUGCUGUUUACUUGGAAAGUGAUAAAUUUAUAAUUGGAGAAGAUACUGGAGCUUUGACUAUUUUUGAUAUAUCUACAGAACCUGAUGGAGUAAAAGAAUUACAAUGUGCAGCAUAUGCCUGUUUACAUGAUAGUAGUCUUUUAACUCUUUCUGCAUUUGCUGAUAAGAAAAAAGUAGUUUCAGGAGGAAUGGAUUGUUGUAUAAAAGUAUGGGAUGUAACAGAGUUAAUGGUAACACAGUCAUUUGACUAUGCUCAUAUUGAUACAGUCACUUGUGUUGAUGUUAAACCUAAAAGUAAUACAGAAUUUGCAUCAACAUCAUCAGAUUGUGAAGCAUUAUUAUGGGAUAUAAGACAAAUAAAGCCAGCCCAAAGUAUUUUAAAGAGAGAUGUUGGUUUAACAGCAGUAAGUUGGAAUCCCAACAUAGAAAAUUUUUUAGCAAUAGGUACAGAUAACGGGGAAGUUGUAAUAGUUGAUGCUAGAAGGUCAGAUAUAGAAGUAUUACGGGAAUUAUCUGCAUUUACUAGACCAGUACACAAACUCUUAUUCAAUCCAAAUGCAGAAAAGUUGGAAGAAUUAGCUGUUUGUUGUGAUAAUACUUCUGUGGAAGUUCUUGAUAUAAACAGUCAAUUUUCACCAAUAUACAAAGAUAACCGCCAUACGGACUUUGUACGUGGCCUUACAUGGUUUAAUAAUUAUUUAUAUUCUUGUUCUUGGGAUAAUACAGCGUUAAAACAUACAAUGGAUUUUGAAGAUAUUUAACUUAUGAA